AUGGCAGCUCAAAGCUCUCAGUUUCAAGAAGAAACAAGGAGUAAUUUCCGGAAUACGGGUUCGUCCAUUAAAAAUCUGGAAAUUCAAAUGAGUCAGAUAGCACAGCAAUUAGCAAACUCUCAACAGCCGGGUGCAUUACCAAGUUCCACAGUUACCAAUCCUAAAGAUCAUAAUAAUGUGAGCGCUAUUGUUACUAGGAGCGGUAAAGGGAAAGGUGUAGUUGAAAAUAAUGAUGAGGAAGAGGAACCAUUGUUGGAGGUAGACUUGGAGAUAAAAGAGAAUGAGGUAGAAGCUGAGGAAGUGGUCGUGAUGGAACCAACACCAAAAGAGAAGGCGGUUGAGCAAAAGCCAGCAGUAAAACUUCCUUUUCCGAUAAGGAACAAGAAAAAAAGGGAACAUGAGAAGAAUUUUGACAAGUUCUUGGAGAUGUUCAAGAAGCUGGAGAUUAAUAUUCCAUUCUUGGAGGCAUUAGAACAAAUGCCUACUUAUGCAAAAUUUAUGAAGGACAUCAUCUCCAAGAAAAGAACCAUCAAUCGUGACCCUAUUAUUCUAACCAAGAUGUGUAGUGCUAUUUUGCAGGGUAUGAAGAUUCCGGUGAAGAAGAAGGAUCGAGGUUCCGUGACUAUUCCUUGUACAAUUGGGGAUAGGUCGUUCAAGAAAGCUCUAAUUGAUUUGGGGGCUAGUGUGAGCCUUAUGUCGUUGUCUAUCUACAAGAGAUUGGGGAUAGGUAACGUACAGGAUUCAAGAAUGACACUCCAGAUUGCUGACCACUCUGUGAAAAGACCGUAUGGGAUAGUAGAAGACGUGCUUGUGAAAAUUGACAAAUUCGUGUUCCCAGUGGAUUUUGUGAUUCUAGAGAUGCCGGAAGAUGAGGAGAUCCCUAUUAUCUUAGGAAGGUCAUUUCUAGAGACAGGGCGAUGUUUGAUAGACAUUGAAGAAGGCAAAUGA